AUGUCUUCAUUGCUGUCCGGUACAAUUCCUGCUUCUUGGCGUGCAAGUCUUCUACCGGCAGAUACAGAUUCGGGGGAAGGGCGUGGGUCUUUGCUGAAAACGAUCUCCUCAUUAUGGGCUCGUGGAACACUCAGUCUGCCAAAUAUUGAGCUACCCAUGCGUAGUACGGAGCAUUUGUUCUCCGAUUCUCCAUUGGUUGUCUUGCGUGAAGAUGAACCGAGCAGUCUAAUUGCAUUCACUUUGAGUUCGUCUACAUAUGCAUCUCGUUUGGACUCUUUACGCAAAUCACAUGCUCCCCCCAAGAAGCUCUCUUCACCACCAACACUGCAGGCACACGAGAAGCAGAUCGAGUCCGCAUUACGACAAGCAGAAGGGACGCAUUUGAGCUUUCAGUUCACAAGUGGCGAUUCACGUUUCUCGAUUCGCGUUCUGUUUACGGAGCAAUUCGAUGCACUUCGGAUGGCAUGUGAAUGCAACCAAACAUUUGUUCAGUCUCUAGCCCGCUGUUGGAACUGGUCAGAUUGUUCAGGCGGAAAGAGUGGAGCAGCAAUGAUGAAAACGUUGGAUGAUAGAUUUAUUAUCAAACAACUUUCACGCGCUGAAAUGGAUGCUUUUGCCAGUAAUGCCGGGGCUUAUUUCCGUUUCUUGGCUGAUGUCAUCUUUCAAGAUCGUCCAACAACGCUGGCAAAGAUUUAUGGUGUAUAUCGAUUGACGAUCAGGAACGCGCAGACUGGUAAAUCGAUCAAAUUGGAUUGUGCGAUUACGGAGAACGUGUUUGCCAAUGCAAAGAUGCAACAGAUCUUUGACUUGAAAGGUGCUUUGCGUAAUCGAUUCGUUCAACCUAAUGGUCAACCGAAUCAAGUAUUGCUCGAUGGCAAUCUCAUCACUUCAAAGGUGCCGAUAUUUUUGCGUGAGGGGUCCAAGCGAUUGCUGCGACAAGCAUUAUUGCAUGAUUCUCUCUUUUUGGCGCAGUGUGAUGUGAUGGAUUAUUCACUCGUAGUCGGCGUAUGUGAAGGAAGGCCGGAAUUGAGAGUUGGAAUCAUUGAUUUCAUUCGAACAUUCACAUUUGGCAAAAAAGCUGAAUCUUUUCUCAAAGAAGCCGUUGGUGGUCAUGGCUCAGAAGCGCCGACGAUUAUCGAUCCAAAACAAUAUCGUGCUCGAUUUCUAGCAUUUUUAGAUUCCGUUCUGUUAUUAUCUCCGGAUCACUGGCUUUCAGAAGAUGAAGAGAAGCAAAGAAGUGCGGAAAUGCAAAAUGCAGCUCUUGCGGCUGGAUUGUCGACAAAUUAUCAAUCUGCAAAUAACGCAAGUACAUUUACCCAAACAAACGCAAAUGCAAAUAUCAGCGGUCUAACAGCCGUUUUGGCAAAUACAGCUCCUGGUAUGGUGAUGAUUUGAUCUGUAUUUUUAAUUGUAUAUAAACAGAUCCUAUAAUUUUUAACAAUUACCCUUU